AUGUCUGCCAGAGUGGCCCUCUCCAUGUAUCGGCGGGUGCUCAAGAUUCUGGCGUCUAUUAAGUGUGUGGGGGCUGAGAAAUUAGCGCUCCAGCGCUACGCCGAGUUUCUUCCCCAGGCCAUGGAGGUGACGAAGGGGGAGUCGCUGCAUGUGCUUGUCCGUAGGGCCUUUCUCAGCGCCAAUUUGUGUCCGGGAACUUUGUCUAGCGGUUUUGCUUUCAUCAAGGACGCCACGGAGUCGAUGCGCGACUUGGAGCUGCUUGCUCUUUGGGAUGCCUAUGGCCGCGAUGGCGAGUACGAGAUGCUGCAUGGGAUCGCGCUUGUGAGUGCUGCGCUGCGGCACGCCGAGAACGCAGAGGCAACGCAGUUGGGGGAGCUUGCAGUCACUGUGUUGUGCAUAAGACGUCAGCUGCGGCAGGUGGUGGAGGAACUGAAGGGGGAUGCGCUGGUGGUGGUGGCAGGUCCUUCACCUUCUUCUGGACGGCGGCACGCUUGGAAUGCGCGUUUAUCAUCUCUUGGAACUGCUGUGGAGUUGUUGCGGAGACGUGGCUUUGAGGUGAGUGAGAGGGCCGCAGAGGACUUUACCGCGCUGAGCCUUCUACGCAGGGGACGGGCGUCGGUCUUCCUUCUGAAUGUCCUUCUCACGGUUGCCUUUUGUGAGUUGGGCGCCUUGUGCACGUUGGUGGGGACGGAGUCUCAUCGGCCGUGGAUACGUUUCCAGCGAGAUGGAGGCCGUCCUCUCUUUCUGUCGUUUGCACACACUGGCAUUCACUCUACGAAAGAAGUGAUGCGACUGAAUGGGUAUCCACCAAGGUCCACGCAGUGGUGGCGCGCGGCGGGGUGGGAUGGAAGUAGCCGCAAGCACGUUCUCUCAAGGCUGCUUAGGAUGCAACUGAUGUCACACUCGUCCUCCGCAGAUUCUCCACUGCGCACACAGCAAGUGCGGGUGUGUCAAAUGCAGAUUAUUUUUCUCUUGUCCUGA